AUGUCCCAACAGGGGAAAAAAUCUGCUUGGAUGACUUCUGUGAAAUCGGAAGUUGAGUACAAAAUGUUGCGAUUGAAGUUCAGUUUGGGGCAACCUGUUAGGAAUGAGCUCUUCAACCAGCUUAAGGAGUGCAACGAGCGUCUGGAGAAAGUACUUAACUAUAGUGACAGGUUUCCCGCACCUCAGAGCGCAUUCCAGAGGGACACUGUGAAGACUCCCAACUUAGAGGACGUGUUCAAAAAGGCCUGGAAGAAGUGUGAUAUAUUAUUCAAAGCGUUCUAUGACGACGCUACAGAUAAAUGUUUCAAUGUUAUCCUCAUGUUUCUCCUGUGCAAAACUUAUGGAAGAUCAGGACUGCGGGAAUUCUUAGGAAUCAUCGGGCAUGAUGAUGAAAAGUUUCACAUACAUCCCUUCAGAAAGUGGACGAAGCCCAAUGAUAGCGGCGUCCCUUUUACACUAGACCAUCUUCUGACCCCUGAUAUCAAAGACCGGAUGUCGAGAAAAGUGGACUUACCAAGAAAGACGUACUGUACUUUCCAUCUGAGGACGGAUUCAGUAUCCCGGAAUUCAACAGAAGGCUUGAAUACGGAGAAAGGUAUCCCGCUGGAAAUGAGCAUUCGAAGUAAGCCUUCGAUCUCAAGGCUGCAUUGCAAUGGUUUAACAGUGUUGAGAGAGAGGGAGUAUGACGUCUCGGCUGUCAAGUGGUGUUUCAUAGAAGGUUCAAAAUCCGAGUGGCGCGGUGAAAUGAUCAAGAAUGUUAUCAAACCAUUCGAGCUUUGCCAGAGGCAUUUCAAAAUGUGCUCUCGUGUAACCCGAAAAGCAACUCGGGGUCAGCGAAAGUUAUUGAAAUGA